GCCUGCGCAGCCCAGACUGCCAGCUCGCCACCCUGCCGGCACGCCCCUGGCCCCUGGGACCCCACACCAAGGCCCGAUGGAGGAUUUAGAUGCUUUGCUGGCAGAACUGGAGCAGAGCUCUUGCUCAACCUCCAAGGACCCCGUGCUGCAGACGCCAAACUCCUGCAAGUUGGAUUCAGCCACAGCUGUGCCACCAGCACCCCGUGGCCAUGAGCCACUUGCUUCAGCGGCCAUGAAGGUGCAACUGCCACCUCCGGCUCAGCCUCCGGGAAAGGAUUUGAAGACAGUGUACAGCCCCACACCGCUCCCGCGGCCACUGUCCCCCUCGCCCCCACCCACGGCAGCCGCCCAGCAGCUGGAUGAGCUCCUGGCUGACCUGGGCCACAUGCAGAGCAAGCUGGGGGCCAGGGAGCCGGCAGAGCCCUCGCUGGACAACAUGCUGGGCAGCCUCACCCGGGACCUGGAGGAGCUGGGCAUCACGGCCACCCCCACCGGUGUCUGCGCUGCCUGCCGCAAGCCCAUCGCUGGCAAGGUGCUCACUGUCCUGGGCAAGACCUGGCACCCCGAGCACUUUGCCUGCGCCCGCUGUGGGCAGGAGCUGGGCGGACGGCCCUUCUUCGAGCGGGGUGGGCGGGCAUACUGUGAGGAGGACUACCACCAGGCCUUCUCCCCCCGCUGCGCCUACUGUGCUGGCCCCAUCCGUGAAAAAGUCCUCACGGCCCUGGACCAGACCUGGCACCCUGAGCACUUCUUCUGUGCCCACUGUGGGAAGGUGUUUGGAGAUGAUGGUUUCCACGAGCGGAGUGGGAAGCCAUACUGUCGCCAGGACUUCCUGGCCAUGUUUGCCCCAAAGUGCCAAGGCUGUGAGCGCCCCGUGACAGACGAUUACCUGUCGGCGCUGCAGGGCGUCUGGCACCCCGAGUGCUUCGUGUGCGCGGAGUGCCUGAGCAGCUUCAGCAGCGGCUCCUUCUUUGAGCUGGAGGGUCGGCCCUACUGCGAGCUGCACUUCCACCAGCGGCAGGGCAGCAUCUGCCAUGGCUGCGGCCACCCCGUCACCGGCCGCUGCAUCACGGCCGCAGGGCGCAAGUACCACCCUGAGCACUUCAUCUGUGCCUACUGCCUGGGCCAGCUGCAAAAAGGCACCGUCCGUGAGCAUGGUGAGAAGAUGUACUGCCAGGCCUGCCAUGACAAGCUCUUCCUCUGACCCCUGGCACAUGGCCACCCUUCAUGCUUGCCUGGAUGUCCCCUCUAUCAUCCCCACCCAUCAACAUACCCAGUACCUUCCCUGCCAGGCCAGGCACCCCUAGGAUUGUCCCUGCUGAGACAAACAUCCCUUGUUUGUCUCACCCUCCCACCCAUCAAUGUCCCUGGCAUUGGUCCUGCUGUGCCAAAUGGCCCCAGCAUUGUCUCUGCCAACCCAGACAUCGUUCCCUGCCCACCUCCACACAAGACAUUCCUGGCAUUGUCCCCUCCACCUGAAGCAAUAAAACACCAGGCUUUGCCUUUGCGCUGCUCACUGGGGGCUUCAUGCAGGAGCCCCCAUAUGCAGGUGCAUCCAUAAGUGCCCCCCACAGCACACGGGUGGGUGCCCUGAGCCCCCAUCUCCCAGGGUGCUGCAAGCCAGGGUGACUCUGCCCCAGCUGCCUUUCCCCAGCAACCCUGAGGUCACAGCCCUGGCCUCCCUGAGGGAGCAGCUCAAGCUCCAGCCACACAGGAGCCACCCCAACCCUGCGUCACCACAGACCCAGGUCCUGCUACCAAAGGGCAAAACCUGCUGCUCCACACCCUGGUGAAAUCUCUCCAACAGCAACA